AUGGAACGCAAAAUAUCAGUCCAUUGCUACUUUGGAGCAUUCUACGAUGUCGAUCGCAGGACAGACAAACUCAUACUCAUUCGAUCGGUCCUUUUGAUGAGCUUCUGGUAUACGGAUGCCCAGGACCAUACGGGGGCAUCCCACUGGAUUGGAAUUGCCAUUACAUUGGCCCAGGGAAUUGGUAUACACCGUUGCAGUAGUUCCCAUAACCGAAGUAAUCACACAUCUUCGUCGGAACACCAACGCCUCACUCGCCGUCUCUGGUGGACAUGCGUGAUUCGAGAUCGAUGGGUAUCUUUGGCUAAAGGCCGACCCAUGCGGAUCCACGAUGAAGACUGUGACGCACCCUUUCCAUAUCCCGAUGAUAUAUUACAUGAGCUACAACUCGUCUCUCCAGAGGCUCGACACAAGUUUGUUCCUCAGGAUCUAGACUGCCUUGCUGAGAUGUGGGUGCGGCUUGUGAAGACUACUUAUUCUCUUGGUCGUAUUCUCCGUGCUCAUUACAGACUCAAAGCACCCAAGGCAAGUGUUGAAGAGAUUGACGAACUAGCCGCAGAGCUGCUCAACUGUCAGAAGACCGAGACACCAGCGAUAUACUCUACGAGUGAUACUGUCCGCAUUCACGAAUAUCACCUCCAAGUUUUCUACCAGUUUGUUCAAUCCUACCCUGCUUUGGCUUCCUGUCUAACAUAUCUCAGAGCAACUGUUACCGUGCUUUAUCGACCAUAUAUCUUGAAUGCCCCUUCUUCAUUUCCAGAGCACUCGUCAGAUAUCUGGCAAAAGGUUGCACAGAAUCGCGCUCGCGAGGCUGCUUCAAUGACAAACCAGACCCUUGAGAAAAUCAUUGAACUAGAUGUAGUCAAAUUGAUUAAGCCGAUGUUGUAA